AUGGGUAACAUGCCUGUCGUGGACGUGGGCACGAGGAAGGUUAGGGUGAAGCGCUUGCUUUCGGAGGGCGGCUACGCUCACGUGUACAAGGCGGUGGACGAAGUUAACAAGAAGGACUUCGCGCUUAAGAUGGUGCGCAUUCCGCGGUCACGUUCGGGGCAGCUGGCGAACGAAGAGGUUGCCGAGAUGGCGGUGGUUGAGCAGUCGGUGGUCCGUUCUCUGCCCAACAACCACCCCAACAUCGUCAAGUUUCACGACGCCGGCAUCAGCAAGGCCGACAACGAGAUCCGCUACUUCAUCCUCUCGGAGUACUGCCCGAGCAACGUGCUCAAGAAGAUGAGCGGGGCUGCGGACCAAGGCAGCCUCCUGCCGGAAACGGAAGUGCUGCUGAUCUUUCGAGAUACUCUCAUGGCGGUGCUGUACCUGCACAGCCGAGAUCCACCGAUCGCGCACAGAGAUUUGAAGGUGGACAACCUCCUCGUCGGGCGGGACGGCCUCAUCAAGCUCUGCGACUUCGGCAGCUGCAGCACGCAACACAAGGCCUAUCUCUCCCCGAAGGAACUCCAGCUAGCCAACGAAGACAUCCGCAGGAACACGACCGCGGCCUACCGCUCGCCGGAGCAGGUGGACCUGUUCCAGGGGCACGUUGUCAGCGAGAAGGUCGACAUCUGGGCGCUGGGGGUGAUCCUGUUCAAGCUGGCGUUCUUCCAGACCCCGUUCGAGGACAACAAGGGGAACGUGGACGCGGGGGCCAUUCUCAAGGGGCUGGGGGAUAAGAAGAUACCCCAGGAGAAGAGGUAUUCCGCUGGGCUGGUGUCGCUCAUCCGGUGCUGCCUCGUGGUGGACCCCGCUAGGAGGCCGACGAUAGGACAGGUGUUGAAGCUCUGCGAGGAGCUCAAGGUCAAGGGCUCCCUGCCGGACUGGCCAGGGCUCAACAGCCUCCCCCGAACGCCGCCCCUGUCCUCCAGCUCCCCGUUCUCCCCCCGCCCCUGGGACGCGCUCGGCGGCGACGCCUCCGGCUCGUCCGUGAACUCCAUCCCCGGGGAGGGGGCCGUCGGCGGGGGCGGGGUGGGGGCAUCGGGUGGCGGCGGCGGCGUUACGGGAGGAGGUGGUAGCGGUGGUAGCGGUGGUGGUGGUGGUGCUAUCAGUGGUCAUAGUCGUCGUGUAUCUAGGGACGUGGUGGGUGCGGACCACCGAGAAGGGCUGUCCGCUUCUUUGCGGGGGGCAGGGGCAAGAGCCGUUGGUGAGGGAGGGGGGGAUGCCGGGGUCGGAGGAGCGGGAGGGAGGAGUGCCAAUUCCAGGUCUCCAGAUAUCGGGGCGUCAUCGGAUAUCCCAAGGAACCCGGACCUCAUGAGGAACGGGUUGCCACGGCCCAACUCUCGACGAAGCGGACCCAUGGCGGGCCUGAUGGCCCCUGGUCCUAGCAGCAUCGAUGGGUCGGGCUACGGGCAGACCGGGGGCGGCGGCGGUGAGAGUGGAGGAGGCGUUCUUUCAAGCCCGCGGCGGUCGCAGAGGGUGACGCGGUCUCACACGGGGAGCGGAGACGCCAAGUGGAUGGCACGCGUGGGGGACGGGAUGCGGUCGAAGUGGUACAAGCUGUUGGGCGGCGAGACCCAGCGGAAGCGACUGUGGGUGCUCAAGACCACCUCUCAGAACUCUACCGGCCCGAAGCCCAAGUACGUCGGGAAGAUAGUGGCGGCGCUGUGGGAGAAGGAGUUGACGAUGGACAGCGUCUUCACCCUGCUGCUGGACAGGCCGCUGUCGGAGUCGCCGGUGGUUGCGAUGAAGGCGCUCAUCACUCUCAUGAAGGUCCUGCAGCAGGGACCUCCUCACGUCCUCUCCGAGUGUACCACCUACGCCCCCACAGUGGAAGACAUCGGGCAGAUGUGGGGGCCCGAUCACGUGGACACGAGCGAUUCGGCGAUCGCGGAGGGGGUUGACGCCGCCGCCACCGCCGGGGGGGACAGCUCCGGGGGGCUUGGUGGGAGCGGCUCGGGGGUUGGGGGGGGGAGUGCGGUGGACCCGGCGCUGUCGCUGCUGAUCCUGCGGUUUGCGACGAUGAUCGUGCAGAAGAUCCGAUUUCAUCAGCACCACCCGGAGUACGGGGAUUACUGGUCCCCAGAUACGGGAAACGACACCGACACCACACCCACCACGUACGACAACCCGGUGUCUGAGAGACUGCCGCAGCAGCCCAGGGACGAGGCUCGAACGCUACAGGCGUUUAUGCUGCUGACGAAGGGGGCGAAGGAUGCGGGCCCCUCGACAAGGAGUGCGCUGUUGCCCCUGAUGGCGGAGAGCUACCUCACCUACUUCGCCACGACCAGGGUUCUUCUCACUGUGUCGGACAAGUACUGCACGGGACAGUUGAGGUUGAAGGCCCGCCCCGAUCAGCUGGUGUCGCUAUCACAGAAGUACGAGACCGACCUCAAAAUCAUGAGGGAGUUGUACAAGCGGGCCGACGAGGUGGAGGAAGUCGCCAUCAUGAAGCGAACCCCCCGUCUUCCCGUGGUGAGCCCGCUGUCCGAAGGCGGGGCGAAGAAGUUCCGCGAGAUGAGCAGGAAGACCUCUAGGCAGUCGACUUUCGGGAGGGCCUCUAGCAAGAUGGAGGCGCUCAAGACCCUGCACGACGAGGAGCGAAGAUUUGUAGACAGCGAUGACGACUCGUCGAGCGACGGGGCGCCAGGGGGGGCGGGGGGGAACGGCGGCUGGGCAGGAGGGCGGGGGGCGAAGAACCUUCGCCUUGAGGUCAAAGGCGACGGCGAUGGAGACGACGGGAGCGAGUGGGGCAACUACUACAGCUGGCAGGGUCCCGACAGCCGCGCCCCGUCCUCCGGCCAGGCGAAGGACGGCACCUUCGGCGUGCGCCGCCAGAGCAACCAGUCGGAAGGGGAGGGGGGAAGGAACCUCGGGCCGUGGGCAACCGACUCUUCCGGUGCUCCCCCCGGCGGCGGCGGCGGCGGAGGAGGACAAGCGUCGUUUCCCAGCCACCCUAGCCCCUUGGCCGGAGCGGGCGAGGAGAGGACGAGCGAGACUCGCUGGAGGAAGCAGGCCAACGGCGCGAGUGCUACCGACGCCGCUGGUUCCUCCUCCAGGCGUACCGGUAGGUCCUUGUCAGCCAGGGACUUGCGGGCUGCUGCUGCCUUGGACGGCGGCGGCGGCGGCGGCGGAGGGGGUCACACCGCGUCGCCCUCGAGAAUGCCGCCAGAGAAGGGCAAGGGGGCGGGGGGGAGCAGGAGGAAGGAUGAGGUGUCGGGGAGGCGAAAAAGCUCGAACGAAGGCAACGGUGACAACGGGCACCAGGCGGCGGCGGCGGCGGCGUCAGCGGCGGCGGCGGCCCCGAUGCUCAGCGACUUCGACACGCUCACGCUGGGAGGCAGCGAACGGCCCGUUACCCCCGUCGGCGAAGAAAGCCAGACCACCUACCAACUCCCGGCAGCGGCAGCGGCGGCGGCAGCCGGCGGUGGCGAGGGCGGCAGCAAGAAGCAGUUGGCGCUUCGGAGAGAGAGGACGCACCCGCCACCCCUGCCGCCGCGCCGGGAUAACGAGGGUAGCCCUACCCACAGCGGGGUUGCCGAGAGGGGCGGCUCGCAGCAGCAGGAUCCGUCGGGAGCUGCGGCGGCGGUGUCGGGCGUGGCGCCCCCGCCGCUGCCUCCCAGGAUCACCUACGGGUGGGCCGGCGCGGCAGGGGUGGUUGCUACCUCACAACAGGUCGACCCGCCUGCCGGAGCCGCUGCGGCGAGCGGAGGCGGCGGUGGCGGGCCGGGGCGAUCAAACGCUUCUUCGCCGCCUCCUCCUGACCCUCCUUCGCUAGCAGGGGACCGCGGCGCUUCCUCUGCUAGCGCGGCGGUGACGGCAGGAGCAUCCGUCGGGGGGGGCGGGGUGGUGAGGGCCAACAGCGGCCCGGUCAGGAGGAAAGAGAGGGGCGACGGGCCGUCCUCCCCGCGAAAGAGAGCAACAGAACGGGGGGGCGGGGACGCGCCGUCGUCCUUGCUGGUGCAGCAGCAGCAGCCUUCGGCGACGGGGCCCUCUUCGCCGAGGCUGAUCAAGGGCGGCUUCGGCCCCGCCAACCCGCUGUCGUGGACGGCCAAGGAUAACGCCUCCGGCACCGGAGGCAACACCUCCUUCUCGCACACCAACACAGAGAAGAAACGGCCGGCUUCGGGCGUCGGGGCGGGAGCGGCGGGGGCAGGAGUUGAGCCCUCCGCCUCCACCGCCGCCACCGGUAGCAGCGCCUUGUCCAAGACCUCCCCGUCGCUGGUGGUUCCUGCUGCGACGGGUACGGGCGCGAGAGGGAAAAGCGCUGCUGCUGCUGCAGCAGCAGCAGCAACGGGGGGGGGGAGCGCCGUGGCGGCAGGGACAUCAGCGCAGCAAGCGGUGCCGGCUGCGGGCGCCUCGGCGGCAACAGCGGCGGGGGCGGGGGCGGGGGCAGGUGGGGGGGCGGCGAACGCUGCGGGGAGGGUUGCUGUGGCGAAGUACGAGUACGUGGCGCAGGGGCCGGAGCAGCUGAGCUUCCGAGUCGGGGACAUCGUCCAGCUUCAUACGGAGAAGAUCAACGCUAAGGGGUGGGGGCUAGGUCAGGCCAAUGGAAAGGUGGGGUGGUUCCCGGGAGACUUCGUGGAAAUGCGCCCCACACCAUCGGAGCGCAAGAGCAGGUCCUCUAGCUCGAAGACGUCGGGGGCUUCGCGGAAUCGAAGACAACAUCCUCAUCCCACCCCCGCAGCGGCGACCGGCGGGGGUGGCGGCGGCGGCGGAGCGGCGAGCUCGGCGGCUCCCCAGGGGGCGGGUGGGGCGAGCAAGGGCCCGCCACCCCCACCAUACCCUGGCCGAAAUCAGCGCGCGUCGAGAGGCCAAAGCGGCGGCACCGGUGCCGGAGGCGGAGGAGGAGGGGAAAGAAGACGCAGCUCAGCGACUUCGCAGACGGCGACGGCAGCAGCGGCGGGGGCGGGGGCGGGGGCGGGCGCGAAUAAGAUUAACCCCGAGCUGUACGAGACCUCCAACGCGUGGGGCACAGCGAGGGAGAAGGAGAGGGAGGAGGGUAUCGGCGGCAGGGAGCCGGAGCAGCUGCCGGAGCACGUGUUUGCGAUCCAGAUGGCCAAGAACCAGCCGUGGCGGGAUCGUCUGACGCCCGGGGGCAAGAUUGCGCACGACGACCUGCUAGCGUUCUUCAAGGCCUCCCGCAUGGUGCUAGACUUCGACGAGAUUGAGCUCAAGUCGGUCAUCGGCAGCGGAGCCUUCGCCACGGUGUUCAGGGGGAUCUACCGGUACCGGAUCGGCCGGCCGGGCGAGGCGGGGGGGGACAAGAAGAUUGAGGUGGCGGUGAAGAAGCUCGUUGGGGGAGGCGGGGGUCCGAUGGAGAAGACUCUCAAGGACUUCAAGACGGAGUGCGUCCUUCUGUCCCGGCUCAAGCACCGCAACAUCAUCGCCCUCGUUGGCGCCACCACCCACCCGGUCACCUGCGUGAUGCAGUACUGCAGCCGAGGGAACCUGAUGGUCCUUCUCGACGACCGAAGUGUCGAGUUGACCUUCAAGUUGAAGAAGCAGAUGAUGCUUGACGUGGCGACCGGCAUGCAGUACCUUCACAGCCAGAACCCGGUCAUCAUACACCGAGACCUGAAGAGCCUGAACGUGCUCAUCGACGAGAACUGGGUUACCAAGGUAACGGACUUUGGGCUGUCGAGGUUCAAGGCCACCUCCGUGUCGGAGAAGAUGACGGGGCAGGCGGGGACGUACCACUGGAUGGCCCCGGAGGUGAUCAACAGCCAGCACUACACCGAGAAGGCUGACGUGUUCAGCUACGGCAUCAUCUUGUGGGAGAUCUUCACGAGGGCCAUCCCCUACGGGGGGAUGCAGCCGGUCCAGGUGGUGGCGGCGGUGCUUGGGCGACGAGAACGACCACGCAUCCCUUCGCAGUGUCCGCAAGCCUUGUCGCAGCUUAUGCAGGCGUGCUGGUCGCACGACCCAGAUCAACGGCCUUGCUUCGACGACGUGGUUCCAUGGCUCGAAAGUCUUUAA